AUGACAAAUAUGAAACGAACAUUUCCCGCUAUCCGCGCGGGCUUGCUGGUCGGGAUUAGUGGUGGCGUGCUGAGCAAGGCUGAUGUGCGCUUAGGUGACGUUGUCGUUGGAACAAGGGUGAUGCAGUAUGACCUUGGGAAAGUCAUAGGAGACGGAGAGCUCCAACCAACAGCGAUCCCUAAGGUUCCUCACCAUUCGCUUGGGACGGCUGUGUCCGCCCUCCAUUCAAUACAUGAGCUGAACCCCAGUCGAGUCCCAUCCAUUCUACGGCUGAAGCUGGAUGGACACCCUGAAUACCGUCGCCCGAGCUCCCCGGAUCGACUUUUCCACGCGACGUAUGAGCAUGAGUCUACAACGGCCGGUUGUGAGGGCUGCGACCAGUCGAAGCUGGUUCUGAGAAGCAGACGGACGUCAGACAAUAUAAUGAUUCAUUACGGCGCGAUCGCCUCAGGGAACCAAGUCAUGAGAAGUGGCACUACCCGGGACAACGUUGCUCGAAAAUUGGAUGUCAUGUGUUUCGAAAUGGAGGCUGCCGGUUUAAUGGACAUUCUUCCUUGUCUCUCAAUUCGGGGAAUAUGCGACUACUCGGAUUCCCACAAGAGCAAGGAAUGGCAGAGGUAUGCUGCAGCAACCGCGGCCGCAUAUGCUAGGGAAUUACUCGAGGAGCUACCGGUUGCCAAAGCACAUCUAAACUUGACCUGGAUGCCCAAUCCUCAUCAAUUUCCAUUGCACGAACGCCGGCAGCGCUUGCUGAAUUCCCUCAGAUUCGAGCAAAUGGAUUCUCGGAAAUCAACUAUCAGGACCGCCCUCGCCAAAACAUGUCGAUGGUUUCUCAGUCACCCUGACUACCAAGCAUGGCUUGAUCCUCAAAACCUAACGCGACAUCAUGGCUUUUUGUGGAUCAGUGGCAAGCCUGGCGCGGGCAAGUCAACAAUCAUGAAGUUCGCAUACUCGAGUAUGAGGAGCAAAUCCCGCAACAAGCAUGCUAUCACCGCGUCCUUUUUCUUCAACGCUCGAGGAGAAUAUCUGGAGAAGUCUAUCCUAGGGCUGUACAGAUCAUUACUUCUUCAGCUGCUUGAAGGGUACCCCGAUCUUCAGGCAGUUCUAGAUGAUCCUGACAUUAAUUCCCAAGGCCAGAAUGGAUGCCCUUCCUUGGACGUGCUUAAGGACCUCUUUCGCAGCGCAGUUUCAGCCCUUGGUCAACGCUCGUUUAUGUGCUUCGUCGAUGCUCUUGAUGAGUGUGAUGAACAACAAGUUGUGGACAUGGUCCAAUACUUUGAAGAGCUGGCAGAACAAUCCAUGAAUAAAGGCAUCCUGCUCCGGAUCUGUUUCUCCAGUCGACAUUAUCCAUAUAUAGUUAUUCACCGGGGAAUCCGACUUACACUGGAGGAUCAGUCAGGUCAUGGCGAAGACCUGGCAACCUACGUCGCAAACCGCCUCCAAAUCGAAGAUCCUGUACUUCUCGAAGAUCUGCAGACCCAACUCCUCAGGAAAGCUGCUGGUGUCUUUAUGUGGGUCGUCCUAGUCAUUGAUAUCCUGAACAAGGAAUAUCGACAUAAUGGGCUGGCAUUGAGAAGGAGACUCGCGGAAAUACCGAGUGAUUUGAGCGAACUGUUCAAGGACAUCUUGAGAUGUGACAAUGAGAACAUAGAGGGUCUCCUGCUUUGCAUCCUUUGGAUUCUCUUUGCAAAACGGCCCCUGCAACCGAAAGAGUUCUACCAUGCUCUCUGGUCUGGUUUGUCUCUGGAGGAUCUGGCCGAUGCUCAAAUUCCGGAUGUUAGCGUCCCAGAUGCCUCUGACAGCCUUGACAGGUUUAAAAGAUGUGUUAUUGGCUCGUCAAAGGGUCUUGCUGAAAUCACGAAAUCUAAGCAGCCAACAGUUCAAUUCAUCCAUGAAUCUGUCCGAGACUUUCUCCUCAAAGAAAGGGGUUUGCAUGAAUUGUGGCCUGACCUUGGAUUUGAUUGGGAGAGCUCAAGCCAUGAGAAACUCAAACAAUGCUGUGACUCCUACAUGAAUCAUACCUUAGUGCGUGCGUAUAUUAGUAACGUGUUGUCAGAGGCCAAAGCUGACUUGCAAACGGGGAUCUCAAAAAGGUACCUGUUUUUGGAGUAUGCCAGUCAGCAUGUUCUCUAUCACGCCAACGCUGCGGCGGAAGCAGUUCCUCAAGACGAGUUUUUGUCCCAUUUUCCCGUGUCUAAUUGGAUCAGUGUCAAUAAUAUUUUCGAGAAGUUCAAAGUCUGUGAAUACAGUCAGGAUGCAAGCCUUUUCUAUAUUCUAGCAGACAAAGGAUUCCCGGAGCUCAUCCGCACAAGGCUCAAGGAGGAUCCGCACAUUCAUGUUCCUGGGGAGAGAUACGGAUAUCCGCUAUUUGCCGCCUUGGCCAACAGUAACAAAGACGUCGUUGCUGCUCUUCUGAACGCAUCUUUGAGUGUGCGUAAUGGAGUCGAUAUUACAGAGGGUCUGAACCACAGGAAAGACUUGAAACAGUACGCAUAUCGCACACCACUAUCCUGGGCUGCGCAGGAAGGUCGAACAAGCAUUGUCGAGCUGCUUCUCCAGACAGAGACGCCCGUUGAUGACAUGGAUGCGAAGGGCAGAACACCACUUUCACGGGCCUCAGAGAACGGGCACAAGGCGGUGGCAGAGCUGCUUAUUGGCAAUGGAGCAGAUGUCAAUGCCGGUGAUAAUGAUGGAUGGACUCCACUAUCACGCGCCUCAUUGCGUGGCCAUAAGGUGGUAGCAAAGCUGCUUAUUGGCAAGGGAGCAGAUGUCAAUGUCCGUGACAAUGAUGGAUGGACUCCACUAUCGCAUGCUUCAGAAACGGGCCAUGAGGAGGUAGUAAGGCUGCUUAUUAACAAGGGGUCAGAUGUCAAUGUCUGUGAUAAUGAUGGAUGGACUCCACUAUCACGCGCCUCAUUGUGUGGCCAUAAGGUGGUAGCAAAGCUGCUUAUUGGCAAGGGAGCAGAUGUCAAUGUCCGUGACAAUGAUGGAUGGAGUCCACUAUCACGCGCCUCAGACGAGGGCCAUGAGGAGGUUGCAAAACUGCUUAUCGACAAGGGAGCAGAUGUCAAUGUCUGUGAUAAGGAGGGAUGGACUCCACUAUCACCAAAGCUACUUACUGACAAGGGAGCAGAUGUCAAUGCCAGUGAUAAGGAAGGAUGGACUCCACUCUUACGGGCCUUACAGAAGGGCCGUGAGAAGGUAGCAAAGCUGCUUAUUCAUAAGGGAGCAGAUGUCAAUGCGAGCAAUAAUUAUGGAUGGAUUCCGCUCUUACACGCCAUAGAGAAGGGCCAUAAGAAGGUGGCAAAGCUGCUUAUUAGCAAGGGAGCAGAUGUCAAUGUCCGUCACAAUGAUGGAUGGACUCCACUAUCACGCGCCUCAGAUGAGGGCCAUGAGGAGGUUGCAAAACUGCUUAUCAACAAGGGAGCAGAUGUCAAUGUCCGUGAUAAGGAGGGAUGGACUCCACUAUCACGUGCCUUAAUACAUGGCCAUGAGGAGGUAGCAAAGCUACUUACUGACAAGGGAGCAGAUGUCAAUGUCCGUCACAAUGAUGGAUGGACUCCACUAUCACGCGCCUCAGAUGAGGGCCAUGAGGAGGUUGCAAAACUGCUUAUUGACAAGGGGGCAGAUGUCAAUAUCUGUGAUAAUGAUGGAUGGACUCCACUAUCACGCGCCUUAUUGUGUGGCUAUAAGAAGGUGGCAAAGCUGCUUAUUAGCAAGGGAGCAGAUGUCAAUGUCCGUCACAAUGAUGGAUGGACUCCACUAUCACGCGCCUCAGAUGAGGGCCAUGAGGAGGUUGCAAAACUGCUUAUCAACAAGGGAGCAGAUGUCAAUGCCGGUGAUAAUGAUGGAUGGACUCCACUAGCACGCGCCUCACUGUGUGGCCAUGAGGAGGUUGCAAAACUGCUUAUCGACAAGGGAGCAGAUGUCAAUAUCUGUGAUAAUAAUGGAUGGACUCCACUAUCACAUGCUUCAGAAAAGGGCCAUGAGGAGGUAGUAAGGCUGCUUAUUGACAAGGGGGCAGAUGUCAAUAUCUGUGAUAAUGAUGGAUGGACUCCACUAUCACGCGCCUUAUUGUGUGGCUAUAAGAUGGUAGCAAAGCUGCUUAUUGGCAAGGGAGCAGAUGUCAAUGUCCGUGACAAUGAUGGAUGGACUCCACUAGCACGCGCCUCACUGUGUGGCCAUGAGGAGGUUGCAAAACUGCUUAUCGACAAGGGAGCAGAUGUCAAUAUCUGUGAUAAUAAUGGAUGGACUCCACUAUCGCAUGCUUCAGAAAAGGGCCAUGAGGAGGUAGUAAGGCUGCUUAUUGACAAGGGGGUAGAUGUCAAUGUCCGUGAUAAGGAGGGAUGGACUCCACUAUCACGUGCCUCAAUACGUGGCCAUGAGGAGGUAGCAAAACUGCUUAUCGACAAGGGAGCAGAUGUCAAUGCCGGUGAUAGUGAUGGAUGGACUCCACUAUCGCGCACCUUAUUGCGUGGCCAUGAGGAGGUCGCGAAGCUGCUUAUUGCUAAAGGUACAGAUGUUAAUGCAAACAACAAUAACGGAUUGACUGGGAUGCUUUCCUCAACAGCUGAAUGA